AUGGCCUUCCCCGUGCCUCAACAUCUCCCUCGAGCUGCAGCACUCGCCGACAUCCGUGGUGUCUCCUCUGAACCACAACUGUCUCUUGCUCAAGCCAUCUUGAAUCAAAUUUCUAGCCCAAUACUCAAGUUGACUCCUGCCUCAGUACGGAAAUGCGUUGAGGAGCUCAACCGAACUCUCUUGGACACGAAAAAACAAUUGAGAUCCCAUAUUGAGAAGGAUCCUGCAGGGUUUCGUCGUCAACGACAAUCCGUCGUUCGUGUUUCACACCGUGCUAUACGUUUGCAUGAUGAGGUCACGCGGCUGGGAACCAUCUUGAACAACGCUAAUGAUGGAUUGAUGCCGAUAUUGCUACAAACGCUUGCCGCUCACAACACUGUUGCUCAGGCUCACCAGGACGCUUUGAACCGCGCGAGGGCUCUGGAGACGUUCCUCACUUGCUUUUCUCACCUGGAGAACAUAAUCAACGCGUCACAUGAGGGUGAUUUGCCUUUCGCUUCUCAAAAUUGCAGGAAGCUAGCGACUUUGAUAGCGACUGCGGAUGCCGAAAGCCUUUUUACAGGCAGCCAAUUAUGGAGCCACUUGAUAGAUCGGUACCGAGCCACAGACGACAGCAUCCAAGAGCAACUCGGCAAAGCGUAUCAGAACAGUAUAUCGCUCAACACAGCUGGUCGAGGAACAACGCUUCGGAUACAACACGCCGUGAAAUUGCCUGUUAAGGACAAGCCAUUAGAAUUGUCGGCGAUCGUCUCAGCAAUGAGAGAAGGGACAGUGGAAACCAUCGCAAAUUCUCUACGCAAGGAUAUCGUCGCGCAAUUAGUGGAGCCUGUUCUUGUCUCUUCCACGGCCAUCUCCACCAAUGGAGACAUGCUGACCCUGAGACCGAGUAGUGCUCAUGAUGUUCAUCCCCCUCUAUUCAACUUGGAGCGAAUACUCGAGUACUUGAACAAUAACCUGCCGGAGGCGCUCAUGACCGCCUUGCGUCUCGACAUCUCUACCCCCCUUCUCAAGUGUCUUCUUAUACCGUCAUUGCCUCAGUCGUUGUCUACACUGUCUGCCUUCCUCACACUCCUGCAUGAGGCUGUCCAAUUAGAAGAGAAAGCAAUGAACGGACACGAUGUCAAGGAGUGGGCGGAUGACGUCGGUCUCCAUUACGAACGCUCCCGCCGUAAGGUUUUGUUAGAUCAUGCAAGAGCCAUAAUACUCGAUAGCAAUAUGGGCUUUUCUGAAGUCGAGGACAGGACCGAGUCCUCUCCGUCCAUUGUCCCACCUGUUCCAACGGACCCGGCCAUCGCAGCGGCAGUCGAGGCAACUAUACAAGAUGCUAACGAUGAGGAUUCUAAUUGGGACUUUGACGAGGCGCAAGCAUCAACAUCGCCCAGGCCUGCUGCUGGGCCCGCGCAAGCAAGCAUAUCUGACGAGGGAGAGGACAUGUGGGAGUUAGACAACGCAGAGGCUCCUGAUCCUGGCAUAAAAACCGUGAGCAUCACAAGCUCAGGGGGAUGGGGUUGGGAUGAUGAUGCCGACGAAAACAAUGUUGAGAGAUAUCAAGACGACCCUUGGAGCCUGCCCAAACAGACCAACAAAACAAAUAACACAAAUCCUCCACGAGCCGCCAGCAAGUUAGAGAAAAGAGCCACUCGUGGGAAACACUCUAUCACGACCUCGAAAAUCGCCCCUCAAGAAUCAAAAAAACCCACGCAAUCCAUGUCAACUGCGCCGCCUCCGAAAGCCACGAUGUCAAGACCAGGAAGGCAGACGUUCACCGUCUCGCGCCGUAGCCAGUCAGUCUUCCAAGUGGCUGAGAGAUGUUUGGAUGAAGGGAGACAACUCUUGGCACUUCACGACCUCCCCAAGCGACAACCUCCAACAGGCACACUUCUGAUGUCUACGCCUUCUGCCAUCUUCGAAUUAUUCCGAGCCCUACCUCAGGAAGACGUGGCAUCAGCUCGAUUCGUGAUAUUCUCCAAUGACUGCCGAUACCUGUCCCAACAAGUCACAAAGCUGUCAGAGUCAUGGUCCAUCCAGAAAGAAGCAACCAAGCUCCAGGAAACGAUCAGCAAGUUGGAGGUUGCGAGUACCAGAGCUCUCAUAUCCAGUAUUAGCCAGCAAAUUCAGCGGGUGAAGGCUGCUUUAGCACCUGCAGCCGGGUUCGGCGGCACAUCGCACGAUGGGCAUGCAGCCAUGUGCCAACAAGCAGUCGAAAGUGUCAUGACGCGUUGUCAGACUCUGGCGAAUGAAUGGCAGCCUCUUUUGACGUUUUCCAGUUACGCCAGAGCUAUGGGUGUUGUCGUUGAUAGUGCCCUGCGGGGAGUGAUGGAGGCGAUCUUGAGGCUCCCCGAUAUUACUGAGAGCGAGUCGCACCGGUUGAGUGCGCUAUGUGUCAUGAUGCAUCGGAUGGAGGACCUGUUCGUCCGAGCUCCAGGAAUGAAUUCCGAGAUCGCAUUGCACGUGCCGUCAUGGUUUAAGUUCAACUAUCUCUCAACUCUACUGGAAGCGUCGAUGUCAGACUUUACAGAAUUCUUUAGGGAAGGCAUGCUGGUCGACUUCGACGUGCAGGAAAUAGCCUCGCUCUUACGUGCACUGUUUGCCGACACACCAAUGCGAGCACAAACGAUUGACACUGUCCUGGCCGGACACCCAAGUUCAUCAUAGCCAUAUUGUGUAUACCCAUUUGUAUUUGUU